AAUAAGAAAUCUUCUUUUCGUAACAUAGCACUAGGGAGUAGGGAGCGAGAGAGAGAGAGCUUCAAUGGAGUCCCCGUUCAAGGCUGAUAUUCUGAAAGGGAAGGUUGCCCUUUUGACAGGCGGAGGCUCAGGUAUUGGGUUAGAGAUGGCCACUCAGUUCGGUAAGCAUGGUGCCGCAGUUUCUAUCAUGGGCCGACGCAAACACAUUUUGGACUCUGCUAUUGCCAGUCUCCAAUCCCAGGGAAUUCGGGCUAUUGGGCUUGAAGGGGAUGUUCGCAAGCAGGAAGAUGCAAAACGAGUUUUAGAGUCAACUGUCAAGCAUUUUGGUAGGCUUGAUAUUCUCGUGAACAAUGCGGCUGGCAAUUUUCUUGUGAGCGCAGAGGAUUUAUCCCCUAAUGGGUUUCGCACAGGUUCUGUUUUCAUCACAUACUUGGUACUUGGAUAUGUCUUGGGCAUCGAAUUAUGUACUAAGGUUCAUUUUGUUAUUUAAUAAUUCACUACUUGU